GCGCCAUGUCGGGGCCCGCGGGCGGCCGGAGCAAGUGGCACAGCGCCGCCCCCAGUCUGACAACCAAGAUGGAGGCAAGCUCAAAGAAAGGAUCCAUUUCAGGUUCUGGCAGCCAAAGACGAACGAGCUAUAUCGGCAGUUUCAGAGUUGGAUCAAUGAGUCGAAAAAACAUAUUGGUGGCUUCUGAUGGCAAAACUGUGGAUAAAGCGUCUCUCAUAGGUAGCAGGCACACUGUCCAGGUUUUUGAUGAACAAGGGAAGGAUGUGACGCCCCAUCCUCUCUACCAUCCAGAACCAAGUUCAGCACCACACAGACAAACCAAAAUCUUGUCAGGACAUGAUUUCUCAGGGACCACAACUGAUUUUCUGGCAUCCUUAUCCUUGCAUCAGACAUCUGGAAUUAAUGCUAGUUUAGUAGGUCCAUUCUCAAGGACAUACGGAAGCAGCGGUAUUUCUAAAUCAACCAUAUCUACAACUGAAUCUAUAGCAGAUGAAAUAGUGGAACCUGGAUCUAGACGAGACACAGUUAUUAGCUUAUCUGAUGUACAGGUGAGGCGAGAGGAGGUCAGAGAACAUCUGGCAAAAGAAGACUUAGAGAAGAGAGCAGCUGUUUACCUCACAGAGACAGAAACUCUCUGGAUACUGGACAUGCCAACUGUCAUGGUGUCUGUAGAGUCCGAAGAAGCUGAAAAAGUACAGGAACGGAACAAGGCUUAUAUAGAGCUCUGUAAACACAGAACUGGCAAUGAUCGCUUUGUGGAAAGGAUGAUGCAAACUCUUAAUGGAGCCCCAAAAAAUAAAGAAGUGCAAUGUGACAAAAUCUUUACAGAGGACAAAGGAAUAAUUGCCACUUCCUGGGAUUUGUAUGAUUCUUUUAAUGCCUUGGAAACUACACGUAUACCAUCAAUAACAGGAGGCAGCCGACCAACAAGUGUGAGUAGCAGUAAAUCUGUUGUGACCAAAGAUCAUGAUCGUACCACAUCUACAACUUCUACUGACAGAGAAAGUACACACUCUUCUAUAAUCGAUUUGGAAAGUGUUAUUCUUGCCAAAAUUCAAGAGAAGGAGGAAGACCAUUCAGAAGCUAUAUUAAAAUCAGAGAAAUUUCAGCAGGAUUUAUUUGUUAUGGAAAGGAUUCUAAUGGAGAAUGUUUUUCAGGCCAAACUUGCAGCUUACCGGCAACUUCCUGUUCUUAUAGAACCAGCUCUUGCAUCACAUGUUGGUGAAAGUACAAGUGAAGUACAAGUAGUGGAAGCACCGGCAGAGGCAGAAGAGGAGGCGGAAGAGGAGGAAACAGAGAAAGAAAUACUUUCUUCUGAUCUUCCCACUUUAAGUAACGCAUCAUUUUUUCUGGAUUCAAGUGAAGCUCCAGAAGAAGUCUUACCUCCCAGCUUGGAACGACUGUGGUCUUAUACAUGUGACCUGACUAGUGGGCACAAUGUAAGCAGCAUGGCUUGGAACAAACUAAAUCCAGAUCUUUUGGCUGUUGGUUAUGGACAAUUUGGUUUUAAAGAACAGAAGAAAGGCUUGGCUUGCUGUUGGUCACUGAAGAACCCUAUGUGGCCAGAGCGUAUUUAUCACUGUGAUCAUGGUGUUACUGCUUUGGAUUUCUCUGUAGCAAACCCAAACCUUUUGGCAGUUGGAAUGUACAAUGGUACAGUUGCAAUAUUUAAUGUACAGAGUCGGAAUCCCACUGCAGUUAUGGAUAGUAGUGAAUCUUUAAAUAAACAUAUAGGUCCUGUAUGGCAGCUCAAGUGGAUAGAACAGGACAGGGGUACAACCGGAGAUGACAAAGGAGAGGUAUUAAUCUCCAUCUGUGCAGAUGGAAGAAUAACCAAGUGGCUUAUACGGAAAGGACUAGGCUGCACUGAUCUACUGAAACUAAAGCGAAUAGGAAGUGAAAGAAAAAAAAUAACAGGUGAAAAAGAAAAGAAAAGUGAAGCUUUGAUAUCUCGACAGGCUCCAGGAAUGUGCUUUGACUUUCAUCCAAAGGAUACUAAUAUAUAUCUGGCUGGAACUGAAGAAGGGCAUAUACACAAAUGUUCUUGUUCAUACAAUGAGCAGUUCCUAGAGACUUACAGAGCACAUAAGGGUCCUGUGUACAAGAUUGCAUGGAAUCCAUUCAGCACUGACAUGUUUUUAAGCUGUUCUGCAGACUGGAGUAUUAUUUUAUGGUGCCAAGAUUCACUUAAGCCACAUUUAACUUUCAGCUCCACCACUACUGUGGUUCAUGACAUUAUGUGGUCUCCCAAAUCAGCCUUUAUUUUUGCAGCGGUGAAUGAAAGUAGAGUGGAAAUUUGGGACCUUAGUGUCAGCACUUUGGACCCCUUAAUCAUUAGUUAUGCCAAUCCAGGGGUGAAAUUCACAACUUUACUUUUUGCUAAAAACACAGACUGCCUUCUAAUAGGGGACAGUACGGGACAAGUCAGUGUGUAUGAGUUAAGAAAUCUGACGGCUUCAGAUUAUAACAAGGGGGAAGCUUUUCAUGAUAUUAUUAGCUCUGCUUUAGCUAAUGGCUACUGAGGAUACCUCUCGGCUGGUUGUAAAGGAAAAGGCUAUAAAUAAUGUUAUGUGUUUCCGUAGAUCCCAAAGCCUCCCAUUUAAUAUUGCAUCAGGAAAAAAUAUCUUUAAAUGUAAUAUUACUUAAAAUACAGGCUAAUGAUUUUUCUGUCAUUAAAAUGUAUCUGUCAAUUCACAGUGGUUAGAAAUCUUUUUGAAAUAGCCUGUAAUACCAUGAAUUUUCCUCAGAAAAUCCCCAUCAUUAUAUUCCAAUCAAGUAUAGGUUAAAUCUCUGGUAUGUUCUUCUGUACUAUUGCACAGGAAAAUAAACUGCCUUAUCACUUCCAUAGUUCCCUACAGUUUUUGGAAAUCCCAUAUCAAGUAAAGGCAAUAAUCUCCUAAGGCUGGAAAUUAAGUUUUUGAAUAAAAAUGUUUCCAAGCUUGUA